GUGCAGACUGUAAACAAACCUUUGCCAUUUUUAAACUUUAGGUUAAAGUCGUGUUCUGAUUUUUGGGAGUAUUUUGAUUUCAACUUCUUUUGUGCCAAGCAGAUAUGCUUACUUUUGAAUCUUUUGUAAUAUAACUACUCAGUAGCACGGGAAGAUUAUAAUCCACAAUAAAUUUACAGAAUACAAAGUGGUAACUUUUUCUGAUGCUUGAAAUUUAUUUACAGUUGUGAUAGCUGCAACAGUUAAAUUUUACACACCUAUGUUUCUGAACAUCAAUGAAUGUUGCAUUUAAUUUUACGUAAGUUCACUGGUAUUACAUAUUCAUUGUUCAGUUAAAAAUGGUGCUUGCAUUUUAAAAUGGAUGUUUUUUUGUAAAUGUUCCUUAUUGAACACAACAGUAAUACAUGACAUGUAAUUAAGUACACAUAGACAGGGGAUGGGGUAGUCCUGACAACUGCAGACAGAAACUGUACACUCAUAACAGGUUAUGUUUUCAUAGCCCUCUAUGUAUAUAGCAUCAGUGUAAACAGUGUAACUCAGAAAUACAUGUAAACAUAGUUUGGCAUGAGAAAAUUUGAAAUCAUGUAGGUCAGUGGUGGAAUAAGUGUUUUUUUACUCAGGUAAAAGUAGCUGUAUAACAAUGUAAAAUACUCAGAUACAAUUAAAUGUCCUGCUUUCAAAAUACUACUUGAGUAAAAGUACUCAUUAUGCAAACAAAUGCCCCCUGUGGCUGAUGUGUUAUUAUAAAUUACAUUAUUAGAUUAUGAUUAAGUUAAGUUAAUGUUGAUCAUUAUCAAUGCAUGAGUAUAAUUUUAUUGUUGUAGUUGGCUGAGGUGGUUUAAUAGUUGAGUCAACCUAAGGGCCAGGCCCCAUCCAAAAGGUCACAAAAUAAAUCGAAGUGGUCUUGAGAUGAUUAACGCAAAAGAAGAAAAAGUUUGAGAUGUUGCAUGCUUACACUGCUUUUGGUGUAAAAUUCUUAUUUAAAUGAAAUCAUCUGGAAGUUAAGAGAAGAAAUCUCUUUUGUGGAACUGCUAACAACUCAGACAACUGAAACAUGACAAUUAAGGGGGUUUAUAAGCUUAAGAGGCUGGGAACCACUGGUUAAACUCUCAACAAUGCAUUGCAUUUUAUAAGCUUAUUAUGUCAUAUGAUGUAUUUUAAUGCAAAAUCUUAAUCUUAAAAGUAACUAGUAAUUGUAGCAGUCAGAUAAAAGAGCAUCAAAACGGAAAUACUCAAGUACCGUUAUGUCAAAAUUAUAUGUAAGAGCUGUACUUAUAAAUAAACUGAAUUUCUACCACUUCUGUAGGUUCUACUUUGUAUUUUCACAUUUAAGAAAAGUUAGGAAAGUUUGGUAGCAAUAUACGGUCACUGCAGGAAGCGUAGUUUGUACUAUAAGCAAUGGUUUUGUUGUAUAAACUGAAACAUUUUGGGAGGAAAAUCACUGUCGCAUAAUUUGGUGACGGAGAACUUCUGCGUCCGAGGGGAAAGUCAGGAACCAACUUCGCUAACUAACAGCAGGUUUUGAGCCUUGUGCUGGCCAUGGGGGACAUGAAGACCCCAGACUUUGAUGAUUUGCUGGCAGCUUUCGACAUUCCUGACAUUGAUGCUAAAGAGGCCAUCCAGUCAAGUCCAGAGGAGGACAGAGAUGAAGUGGGGACUAAUGCAGAGGAAAGAGAGAAGGGGUCCCCUCCAUGCUUUUCCCUGCUCUCCUGCCACAGUGAGCCACCUGUGGUCAGUGUUAUUGUGAAGAACAGAGUACGGUCUGAGUCUUGUGAAGAGGAGGAGGAGGAGGAGGAGGAGGAGAAGUCUGUCAGGGAUGAUGCCAAAACAGACAAUCAUUCAAACAGUAGCUCUGACUCUCAGAUUCAGGUCAAGUUGAGUGAUGUCACCUCACAGCUGGGUACUAAACCCCCCGCUGAUGGAGCCACAGAACCCCAGAUUGCCAAUGGCUUUGAGGGAUCUACCACCAGCAAUCAGGGACAGGUCGACACAGAGCUGUGGCCUCGGCAUUCACCGUCACUGAACGAUAACGAGGGAGGAUGUGAUAAAGGAGUUGGAUUAGCCCAGCACACAACUGAUGUCAUGAACAGUUUGAAGCCCCAUCUCUACCCCGAGUCUUCAGUUGGCACCGGUCCUAAAUCCCCACCUCCUCCCUCCCUGCAUUCUUCUAGCCCUCACCUUCCUCCUCGCUCCCCCCAGACAGAGGAAACCUCUCUCCUUGACAGUUCGCCACCCUCCCCUUUACAACAAAACGGGACUAUUAAGGCUGGAAUGAAGCGUGUCACACACUCGGAUGAAGAUGACUCAGAACCAGACUUAGGAAGUCCGCUGGUGAUCCAGGAAAGCCCAGAGUUUGUUAUGCCCUCUCCUCCAAAAUUUAAACACAGAGCAAAACCUCAGUCUGAGCUGCGUGGGUCCACUGAAACCACUUCUUGCCACAUUUCUCUUCCUCCUCCCCUCUCCUCCUCUCUGGCAUUGGUAAAAUCUAAAGUCCAACUUGCGCAGGGGGGGCGACCUUCCACCCCCACCCAUUCCUCCACAGCUCCUCAGCCACACAGCCCCCAGGACAGCCUCCCCUCUGUCAAUCCGGGCUCUGCAUCAGUCCAAGAGGAGAAAUACCCAGAGCAUGUGAUUGAUGAGAGGGACUCGCCUGAGAGCCCACCGCCCAGUGAGACGGGUCUUGUAUUCCACAAGAGAAGCAGCAGCAGCAGCAGCAGCCCUGAUUCGGUCCCAACACCAGGUCAAGCAGUGAACCACACGGCCUUCGAUCCCCAAGACGAGCUCAUGGAAAGUGAGCCCAGCCAAGAGGACAGGCCAGGUGACACUGAGGAGCAGAGUGAAAAGACGGCUGGAGAUGUGGAAAACGAGGAGAAAUGUGGUAAUGGCACAUCGUCUGAGGAUCCUGUGUCUGCUAGCGCUGCGCAGACAGGUUCAUCUGCAUUGCGCCCACUCAAAGUUAAAAUCAAAAUGCCUUCAGGGAACUUCACAAGGACUGUGACUAGUGCGGCACCUAAAAGAAGCGUAAGAGCUCGGGGCUCAAAACCUUCACCAGAGGGUCAUAACACAAGAUCCAGGAAGGAGGUAUCACAGCAGUCUCUUGCAGUUGCAGUUAAUCAGGAUGCUGCAACACUAGAUGGUGCCAGUACAGUCAGAGACAAACCCGCAAUGACCAUCAAGCCUAAAGUUUCCCCCACAGCUGUCAGCAUCACCAAAACCGCAGCCCUGCCCUCCAUCUCGUCAGCCAGGGUCAGCCCAGGCGGGAUCAACCUGCGGAGCCUGGGUCAGAAAACUUUCAACAGUGGGGUGACACUGCCUGCACCUGCAGCUCUACUUCCUCCUCAAAGUAGCAGCAGACCAGCCUCCAUAGUCAACAGCACCGGGGCGAUCAUAUCCAAGAGUCAGACCAACCUGGUAGAGGCCUUCAACAAAAUCCUCAACAACAAGAACCUGCUGCCCAGUUAUAAACCAGAUCUGAGCUCUCCUCCUCCUGCAGAGUGGGGCCUUCCUCUACCUGCACAGGGUUACCGCUGUUUGGAGUGCGGCGAUGCCUUUGCCCUGGAGCAGAGUUUGUCACGGCACUACGACCGGCGCUCGUUGAGGAUUGAGGUGACUUGUAAUCACUGUGCCAAGCGCCUGGUCUUCUUCAACAAGUGCAGCCUGCUUUUACACGCCAGAGAGCACAAGGAGAGAGGCCUGAUCAUGCAGUGUUCACACCUGGUCAUGAAACCUGUACCUGUGGAGCAGAUGAUUGUCCAGCAGGAGCCAACGCCAAAUGGUGUGCUUUCUCCGUCUCUCCUGUCACCUUCUUCAGCAUCAUCAUCAUCCUUUUUAGGCCAGGCCACCCCAAACGCAGUACCCCAGCCACAUCAAGCAAUAACUAACAAGAAAGCAGAUGCACUGCAGUACAUCGGUAAUAAAUGUCCUGAGUGUCAGGCUCAGUUCAGCAGUAAAGAAGAGGUGGCCCAGCAUUUCCAAGAAAUCAAAGCAGCACACACCACUUCAUGCACAGAAUGUUCUCCUCCAAUGCUCCUGCCCAAUAGCUGCAGUGCAGCAGCUCACCAACGCAUCCACCAAGGCUGCCAACCGCACGUCUGCCCAGAGUGUGGUGGUACGGCCAAGCAGACGCUCUUUCAAACACAUCUGGAUGAAAUCUGUUUGCACUCUGCACGCCGCAUCGGGUACAGAUGUUCCAGCUGCCUGGUGGUGUUUGGAGGGCUGAACUCGGUGAAGUCUCACAUCCAACAGGCUCAUUGUGACAUGUUCCACAAGUGCCCCAGCUGUCCCAUGGCUUUCAAAUCUGCCCCCAGCAUACAGAACCACAUCACUGCCCAACAUCCAACGCUGACUGAAGGACAGGCCAUCUUGAUCUAUAAAUGUGUCAUGUGUGACACAGUUUUUACACACAAGUCCCUGCUGUACGUCCACUUUGACACUCAUUUAACCAAUCAAAAGGUGCACGUGUUUAAAUGCCCUGAGUGCACCAAGCUGUUCUCUCAGAGGAAUUCUCUAAUGGACCAUUUCAAGACCCACAAGACUCUCACAUUCAAACAAGAGUUGCCUUCAUCCCCAGCUACUUCCUCUCGCUCACGGCCUUCAGUGAAGUUGGAGAGCUCAGAUGGGGAAGACUUGAUGGAUCAAGAUAAAGAGGAAAAAGUGAAGACAGAGAGGAUAAAGACCCCCUCAGGGUGGAAGUGUGUGCCUUGCCAUGCUCGCUACACAGACCGGGAGGAAUUCAUUGCCCAUAUGGCCAAACAGCAUAACAAGAUUCUGAAGAAAUUUCCUUGCAACAAAUGUGAGAGCUCCUUCACCACAACCUCCAGUAUGAGACGCCACAUCAGAGACAAACACAAAGUCAUGAAUCGUUCCUUCCGCUGCCAGUUCUGUACUGAGAGUAAGAAAACAUUCAGCAGCAGAGCACUGCUGGAGAGGCACAUCCAGCUCAGACACAGUAAGGACACUGUGGGUCAGGACACAUUGAUGGGAGGCAGAAAUGAGGCAGAGAGCUCCUCAGAACAGGACAACAGUUUAGGGACUCGCCGCAGACGGAGAGGACCCAUGAAGACGGAGCAGGAUGAAGAAUCCACAGAUGGAGUGAGUCCAGUGAAGAAGUUGCGCUCCUCCUCUGCACCUGCCCCAUACUCUCUCCCUGAGUCGGGGUUCCGCUGUGCGCCCUGCGGUUUCACCACAGAGGGUCAGGCAGCAUUCCUGGAGCACAUCGUUCAGCACCGGCGAGCGGGGCCGGAGGCUAGCGAUCAGCAGUGUCUGCAGUGUGGCGCCUGCUUCACGUCCAUCUCCUCCCUGUCACGCCAUCGCUUCAUCAUCCACAAAGUGAGAGACACUGACAACCAGCAAGCCCUCGGCGCGCGCUCGGCAGCCUCCCCUGUUAACAGCAGGAACCAUGAUUCUCUGGACGGUUUCGCACCAGCGUCGCCUUCCUCUCAGCUCUCCAUGGCUCAGGGGAAGGAAGAGGAUGGCACAUUGGCCUGUAAGGUGUGUGGCAAACAAUUUGAAAAGGCAGCAGAUCUGAAUACACACUUCAGAACUCACGGUAUGGCUUUUAUCAAUGCAAGGAACGCAGGAAAAACUACCUAAGGUGCCAGAUGUGAGAGGAAGGGUAGUGUCAGUAGAUGAUGAAAAAGUGCCUUAUUUAUCCCUGACUUCUCCUUUAAGUGUGGGUCAGCACACCGAUGCACUAAUUUAACCAAAGAUUGCUAGAAUAGAGUUUGUAUGUGAAUAGAUUGUAAAACAAUCAAAUCUGAUUCUCACUGGUCGAGACGAGCCUUAACCUUCUACGUUUGACACUCAGGAUCUAACGCUGCAUUUCUGUGUUCAGUAAUGAUACUAAUGAGAUUAGAGCUUCUUCCCCUGUCAGUGGACAGUUAGUCUGACUAGUUCACUGCUGUGACCACAUUCACAUAUUAAUGUGCCAGUAGGGAACUGUGAAUGUUAGUACAAAAUGCUACUGUGAUUAAGAUGGUUAUUUCAAUGAAUGUUGAUAGACAGCGACGGAAUGUGACUGUUUUGAUUUCAAUAUUUCAUCCUACUGAGACUCUUGAAUGCCAACCCAGGUGUUUUUUUUUUUUUGUUUUUUUUUUUGUAAAGUCCUUUUUUAAACAUAUUUUUAGAGAAUCAUUGCAGGGGUUUAGAGUACGUUAGCUCAGUGGCUAUCAAGUGUGUAUACUUCUAACUUAUUGCCAGCCAUUAUCCAAAAUAUAUGAUAACAUUUUAGAUUGAUUUAUAUCUUUAAAGGCAGCCAUUGGCAAAUAUACAUUUUAGUGUGUGUAUAUGAACAUUUAUUUACAGACUUCAGCUGAACUUCUGAACUAAUGGAAGCUAUUGUGUGUAAGAUAGAGGACUGUGGAUUUUGUCCCCCUUCACUUACAUUAAAAUCAUGUUAGAGAGGGAUCUUUUCGCUGCCCAAUUACAGCGGCCAGUGACUGUUUUUGAUAUGUAUUCAAGUUUCUUUUCAUACGUUACUGAAAUAAACGUUGACCAGUAGCUUUCUGGAAGAAAGAAGUCAACCUGAAAAAAUAAAGUAUGCAGUGGAAAAUGGUCAGCAAUGAUCUGAAGUGUACACAAUUUCAAGUUAUUCUGGUAAAAUUUUCAAAACCAUUGAAAUGAAGGUUUAAUGCCUUUUUUUAAAAUGUAAUGUACUGUAUUUACAUCAGAUUAACUGAUUUAUUCCUUCUCUGUGAGGAAGUAAAAUGAUGUAUUUGGGGGUUUUGGUAUUGGGGCAUAUGUUUGUCUAAAUCCUGUUUUAUGAGAUCACUGUAAACAAAAGAUCAGCAUGUAUGUGAUAAUGUUUAUUCCUUACGAGAAUCAUGUGUUUGAGUAUUUCUUUAGUCUUUGGCACUGCUACAGCAUCUUAAAAUGAUUGUUCUGCAUAACUGGAUGUAAUCAGAUUACUGUAUUCUGUUAGAUUUUGAGUGCUGUGUCGUGUUUUGAUUUUUUUUUCUUUUGUUUUUUGUCAACUAGCACUAUUUUCAGCCGUUCAUAUCUGUCUGAUAGGUUUUGGGCUUGCUUGAAUAUCUCUGACCACAGGAUCCAUAGACUGAGCUAAUGUCCACUGUGUUUCAAAAAAAAAAAAGAAAGAAAUUCCUUUAAUUUGCUGUAGUUGUCUGUGACCUGUGUAUGCUUGUGUUUACUUUCUCAGGAGAUUAUCCAAUGCUUUAACACACAUUGUUCUAUUUUUAUGUUUUUGCAUUGACAAGAUAAUUUCUAACCAAACGUUUAUUAAAAAAAAGAUUAAUAAAACUGGCACAUUAUCAGUUGAA